GCCAGGUGGGUUGACUGCAGGUGCAGGGCAUUUGGGUCGAGGAUUGUAACAGACAGUGGUGGCGAAAGCUUCUGUCGGUUGUGGUAACCUGGCUGGAACAAAGGGGAGGGCUCUGUGGUCCUUAGAGAGUUAGUCAGUCAGUCAGUGGGUGGAAGUCUAAGUGGUGAGGAGUGGAACUGUCAUUUGGUUGUGCACCUUUCACCAUGGUGACCACGCGAACCCGUACGAGCACCACCCCGUAUAGUAAGGCUCAAGAAGAGCAAGUCGCCGCCCUGCUGAAAGAGAGAAAAGAAAAAGAGGCGAAGAAGGAGUUGAUUAUGCAGGCCAAGAAGUUGGCCUUAUUGGAGGAGCAGGCGGUGAAGAAGAAGAAGUUAGAGGAGGAGAUGGAAAUAUUGAGGAAGGAAGAAGAAGAGAAGCUGAAGGCAGUAGAGGAAGAAGAAGAAGAGGAAGAAAUCCCCCUCGAAAGGAAUGUGAAAAGGAGGGAAACAGGGGAAUCUAGUGGCACGAAGGAAGAAGAGAAAAGGCUUAAGAAGGUGGUGUCAGAAUGGGUUGCUAAUCUGUCCCUGGGAGAGGAAGAAGAAGCGAUGUUGCAUGUCCCCAGGGCAAAACAGGAGGCGGUGAAUCCGUCGGUGAUGAGGGAGCUGCAAGCGGAGGAAAAUCCCUUACGCCGCCAGACGAUGGAUGAAGAGAAAAGGUUGGAGUGGAAACUGCGCCUCACGAGAGAGAAAAGGAGACGGCUGGAGGCGGGCUUAGGCGGCACAUGAACUUGAAAAAGAAUUGAGGGCAGUGGAUGAGCAAGGGAGACAGAUGGAAGGCCAGACAUAUCUUCAGGGAAAGAUAGAAGUCUUGGCAAAG